GGAGGAGAGGGAAACAGAGAGGAGGAAGGAAGAGGAGAGAGAGGGAAAUGGGAGGAAAUUACCAGAAGAGGGGAGAGUGGAGGAUGUGGAGAAAGGGGAAAAAUUAGGUGUUUUGCCUCAAGAACAGGUGAUGGAGAGGGAUAAUCCGGGAGAUUUGCACGUGGCAAUGUUGCAUAGGUUGAAUCCAACGAACCCUUUGAGAGUCAUCAUCAACGGUGGAGGCAGAGUUGCCACUCCUUCUCCUCGGCCGCCCUCCGCCGGCCCUUCCGGCCACCUUCAUCAGUCUCCUGUGCCUCGCUCUAUUUCAACCCCACAGCAACCUGCAGAGGUGAACCUGAAUUCAAAAGCAUACACAAAUAAAAUAUCUCUGUUUCUGUUUGUUCUGCACUUCGUUUUGGCUGUUGGGCUGGUUUGUUUCCUUGUUUUCAAAGGGAUUCAAGGGCUGUUAUAUGCAUCAGACUCUAUAAAGAGAAAAGAGAAGAGGAUUCUUCAGUAUUUCCUCCCACAAGUUGAAGUUGCAUCUGUUUUGAGCAUUACUCUUGCAUUUGCUUGGCAGAAGGCUGUGAGGUUGUGGCCUAGAUUCAUGGUUCAUUUCAUUCUAUGGUGUUCCUUUGCAAUGUCCUUAACAGCUGGAAUUCUCCUAGUUUGUUUUCAGAUGCCUGCCACAGAAGGUGUGGGAGUCUGUUUUCUUGCUUUUGCUAUUGGAAAUGGUUUAUAUGCCUGUUGGGUUUCCCAGAGAAUCGGGUUUUGUUCAAAGGUUUUCGUCAAAUCGCUCGAGCCUGUUUGCAAGUUUCCCGACUUGAAUCAGCCAACGUACUGGAUGCUUGGGGCUGGGUUUCUUUGGAUGUCUCUUUGGAUUUUGGCUGUGAUUGGAGCAUUGAACUUUUAUUUCCCCCCUUUGACUAUACUUGCUUUAGUACUUAGCUUGCUUUGGACUGCUGAGGUUAUGAGAAAUGUUGCUAAUAUAACUGUUAGUAGGGUGAUCUCUCUGUAUUAUCUUAGAGGAAUGCAGUGCAAUACUAAAUUUUGCCUACAAAGAGCCUUGACUAGAAACCUAGGAAGUGCUUCUCUUGGUUCUCUCUUUGUGCCAACCAUCGAAGCUCUUCGAAUACUCGCCCGGGGUCUGAAUUUGCUCGAGGGGGAAGAUGAGUUCAUGUUUUCUUGCGCUCAUUGUUGUCUCCAUGUCAUGAACUCGAUCUUCCGACGUGGUAAUAGUUGGGCCUUUGUGCAGAUAGGAUCGUAUGGAAAAGAUUUCGUGCGGGCAUCGCAAGACACUUGGAAGCUCUUCGAGAUGACAAACAUGGUACCAAUCGUCGACUCAGACAUAACGAGCUCGAUUUGCUUCCUCACAGGGGUUUGUAGCGGCUCCAUCUGCGUCAUUGCCAUAGCUACUUGGACUUUUACAGUGCACCGUGGUUUCACAGCCACCAUUUCCUUGCUAAGCUUCAUCAUCGGAUACUUAAUGACAAGGAUCUCAAUGGCGCUGCCCCAUGCAUGCGUGAGUUGCUAUUACGUUUGCUACGCCGAGAGUCCCGAUGGACGACUCUUCGACAAUACGAUUAAGGAUCGUCAAGCCUUAAUAAAGUCGAACCGAGACGUAAUCAUGACACCUAGAAUGCCACGUCAGAGUAGGACAUAACCACUCUCAUUGAAGCUUAGCUAACUGAUUUCUGACCCAAAUUAGUGCACUCAAAAUAAACUUGGAAACUCCUCCUCCUUAGGCCAUAGUUUGAAGCUGUAGAUAUUGCUUUUAGAUGUUUUAAGGUCACAACUUUCUACCAUUAUUGGGGAGAAGAGUGUGGAAGUGCCCUUGAGAUUCCUAUCCAAAAGGGAAAAGGAAAAAAAUUGCCCAUAAAAUGUUUUUGGAUAUUCUCAUUUCCAAGCAUAAAGUGGGGCCCACCACUUUGUGGCAAGAAGCUUUUCACUCUCUCGUGUCAUCUUGUUAGGUAAGACCCACCAUUGUUUUAUUCAAUUGUAGUUGUGUUUCCUUAUGUAACAAUCUCUUAAAUUAAUCUCUUAAAUCUUUGAAUAAAGAAACUAAUGGGUGUUUUGGUAA